AUGGGGUCCAACCUCUCCCGUCGGCUGGCAGCUGGUGAAGAGAGUGGCUCUAUUGACCUUCGUGGACUCUCGCUCUCUACCAUACCUGGCAAGGUAUGGUCGUUGACCCAUGUCGUCCGCUUGCAUCUUGGGUGGAACUCGCUCAAGACACUGCCUCAUGCACUUGGUGAUCUUCCAUCACUCGCUGUUCUCUAUCUCAAUCAUAACUCGUUCUCCAUAUUUCCUCGUGCUCUCCUCAAGUGUACUCGCUUGCGUCGGCUCUAUCUCAACUCGAACGCUCUCUCAUCGCUUCCUGAUGAACUGGGUGAUCUCGUCUACCUCAAAGUCCUCGCCGUCUCGGACAACUACCUCACAACUCUGCCUCCUUCGGUCUGCAAGCUCAAGCUUCAUGAGCUCUACUUGUCGCAAAACAAGUUUGAGUUGCUUCCCGAAGCGCUCGGCGCUCUCACAGACUUGCGCACCCUCGCCGUCGCUGGUAACAACCUCAAGGCGCUGCCCUUUGCCGCUCUCCUUCGCCUGCAUGAUCUCAAGGCCAUGCCGCGCGACGGCAAUGUCGACCUCGGUGAGCUGGCCUCCAUGCCGCUGCGCGAGCUCAUGGUCUUUAUGCGCAAGUCCGUCACCUCGCACCACCGCCACAUGCACGACUCGUCGUCGUCGAUGUGGCGGACCCGCUCGUUUACCGAGGCCGACCUCGCCCAUCUCGGCUCCGAAUCGGAGACUGACUCGGGCGACGACAACAUGGAUCCGGUCGUGGUCAAGCGCCGGCGCAAGGCCAAGGAGGUUGUCGGCGCCAAGGGCUCGGUCGAGGGUCUCAAGAAGCGGACUCUGGCCGAGAUCAUGGAGGCCGCCAACCAGCUGCCGGGCGUCGAGUCUUCGCUGCACCCGCUGCUGCCGCUGCCCGAGCCAGCCACCGCUGCUGCCGAUGAGCUUGCCUCCGCCGAGCCGGCCCAUCCGGCGUCGGCGCUCGCGGCUCGCCCGCGGCAGAAGCGGCUCUCGACCGCGUCGGUGGCGUCGUCGCGCGCCUCGACCGCCACCGGCUCAAUGCCGCCGGCCAUCGCCCGUGUCGCCCGUGGCCGCUCGGCCUCCAUCUCUUGUGCAUCGACUGCAAGCCCGCUGUUGGGCUCGGCAGGCGGGACAGAGGUGGGCGGUGACGAGUCUGCCGGCGCGCUCUCGCAAAAGGGUUCCUUCUACCGCAAGUCGUCCAAGCUGAUGAACACCGAGGACGUUGUCCGCACCAUGCGGGUUCUCCUCGACGAGUCCAUGGUUCACAACACCGAGCUGAUGGAGAAGCUCGGCAAGGUCGAGUCUCUCCGCGGCGAGGAGCGCUCGCAGUUCAAGGACACCCGCCACACCCUUCGCACCCGCAUCGCCGCCGGCGAGGAGCGUGUCGCCAACUUACUCAAGGCCAUCAACUCGCUCCGCGGCUCGGGCAAGGUCCCGCAGCCAACGCCCACCCACUAUUCUGAGCCCGACGGCUAUUCGGCCUCGCUCCCCCGCAACGACUCGCUCUCGGCCGCCCAUCACCCGGACGACGACCCCAUGCUCAACUCGCGCCUCGUCACCCCAGCGUCGGGCCUCUACUCGCGAUCGUCGCUCCAGUGGGCGCCGCCGACAUCUCCCAACCGCCGCCACACAUCAACCCGCAUCCCGGCCCCAAGUUCGCAGGUUGUCUUUCUUGAGGAUCGUGCCGACAAUGAACGGUAUCUCAAGUCGUACUGGGCCUCACUGGACAUGGCCAUCACCACCGACUCGGCCAACCCUACCAACCAUCUGGCCAAUGCGCUGGAACACCUGGAACGUGCUGUGGCCGAGGUCGAGGCUGGAGAAGGCGAGACGGUCUUCUCGCGGGUCUUCUUCAACUAUGCCAUGCCGCUGCUCGCUCAGACGCUGCUUGAACGGACAUACCCAGUGCCGGCGUGGAUGGUGGCCGCGCUCGACUUUGAGCGUCGCAUCGCCCAGGUUGUUGUCGCCGCUCUCAAGGCCGGGACCGCCACUGACAAGAUGGUUCGCGCUCUCCGGCGGAUGGUCACUUCGUCGAUGGAGUUUUACGAGGAGCACGGGACUGUCGACGACACCGACCACCUCCGGGUCCUGUACUACCCCGAGGGAGCGCCUCCUGCGCCCGAGGACGCUCCCAAAGUUGUGGACGAGGCCGAGGCCGAGGCCGACCCGCCGCUCACACCCGAGCAGCUCAGCCUCACGGUUCCGCCGGAGUUUGUGACACUCUCGCCGACUGACCACGCGACGUCGAUCUUUCUUCUUGAUGCCAUUGAGACGCUCGGCGGGCUCGGCCUCUUUGACCAUCUUGUGGCGGCACUUGGCGCCGACGAAGCACCGCCUGUCGACGGCGAUGGCGACGACGCUCAACCGGCAGUGCCCAAGCUCGCAUCGUCGACCCUGACUGCGAUCUGCCGGGUUGUCGGCCUCUGCGCCAAGCACCUUGCGCCGUCGUUCUGGGAUCCGUACUCGGCGCAGCUUCUGACCAAGCUGCGACGCCACAUCGAUGCGCUGCCGCAGGCUGCGCUCCGCGACCAGUCGCUGGUCGACCUCGUCGACUGCCUCAAUGUGUUGGCUCGGACUGCGGCGCGCGCCGGAAACCACAAGCUUAACCGCGACAUCCAGGCGUACAAGCUGGCGCUGGCGUGGCGCUAUGUUCAGCUGCCGUACCUCACCCAGUGUCUGCAGGGCGUGGAGGCCAUGCAGCACUUUAUCGCCGUGGCCAAGAAGGAGGUCAAGGAGAAUUCAACGCUGCGCAAGCCAAAGCAGACCUCUCGCUGGAUGUCGGCGACCGGGACGGGCUUUGGCGUCAUGUACUCACGCGCCGGCGGGACCGCGUACAACGUCGGCAACUGCCGUCUCGGAGGCGCUGCCGGACCCGCGCUCGACAUGGACUACCUGCUUGGCUGGUUCGACGACAACGACAUUUUUGCACGGGUCCUCAAGUUUGAGAACGCUGAGGUCCUUGCCAAGGGCUGCGAGAUCAUUCGCUUUGUUGCCACCCAGCGUGGGCUCACCACGCCCGAGCUCGAUGCCAUCUGGCACGCAGUCACCACCGUCUUUGAGUCGCUUCAGCUCAAGCUCUUUGAGUUUGUGCUUGACCUGGUCGGCGCAAUUCCGUUUGAGCAGGUCUGUCACCUCGACGACAAGCUGUGCGAGCUCCCGCCGUCUGCAUUCAACAACCAGGUCCUCACCUUUGUCUCGGACUUUACCCGCAAGGCGCUCGAGGCCGCGGGGGCGUCUGCGCCUGACGCGCUUGACGACGCGCUGCAUGACCAGCGGCUCUUUGGCCUGCAGACGCUGUGGGACCUGGUGACCUCGGGUGCGAGCUCGGGCUCGUCCAAUGGCACCGUCGCUGAGGCCUGCGCCCACCUGCAGUCGCUGCUCCACGAGUUCCCAGCCCAUCGCGAGUACUUUGUGGCCAAGGUCAUGGCCAACCUCGAGUCAGGCGUGGCGCUCUCGCCGACGCUGCGCAUUCUCAUUGAUCUGGUCCGCGGCGGAGCCGACGACGAGAUCACCCGCGAGUACGUUGAGGAGCUUGACGCACGGUACAACCUUGUGCAGCUUCUAGUCAACGCGUUGAGUGCGGUGUCGAGCGGCGACGAGGCCGAAGGAGUGACCCAGGCUUGCCUAGCUGCGCUCGAGCAUGUCAUUACCUCUUCGGCGCUCAUCCUCUCGGCAGACGCGGCGCUGGCGCUUUGGGACGCACUCGAGGCGCGUGGCGCCGUUGACGCCGCCGCGGGCUGGCUUGCUAGCCUCAACUGCGAGGAGCCUGUCAUCGAUCCGUACACCGGCGCGGCGUCGUACCCGGCGUUCACCAUCGACGAAGCGACAGCGCUGUACAGCUCGCGGGUGCUCCCGGCUGUACGGCGCGACCCGGCUAUGGUCUCGCCAGCGCUCUCGGCGCUCUUCUGCACGCUCUUUGCGUUGGUCAACACUAGCUCGAGUGCGCUGCGGAGGUUGACGGCGCCGUUUGAGACCAAGACUCGGUCGUUUGAGGCACUGGUUGGCAUCGACGCUCUCGAGGCGCUUGCCCUCUCUGCAUCCGACGACGGCGUUGCCAACGAUGCGCUGUACAUUCUUGCGAGGCUUUACACGCAUGUCUCGACGCUGGUGGACGCGCCUGCCGUCGGCGCUGUUCGCAACGCGUUUGUGCGGGCCAACCUGAAGCGGGUGCUCGAUGCGGCGCCUGCGCCAGCGCCGCGGCCGCUCUUCCUCGCUCACGCAGUCCUUGUUGCCGAGGCGCAGCACGGUCUUUUUGCGCCGCACGGAGGGCGGGCAAGCGCGCCGCUGGCUGUGCCACCGGCCGAGCAUGCAGCGCUUGCCGCCGGAGUCAGCUGCGUCCACGACGCUGAAUUGAUGGACGCGCUCUUUGGACUUCUCGCCAACGCACCGCUCCGCGACGGCAUCUGGUCGCUCCUCUGCGCGCUCCCGACCGAGCCUGCGGUGGCGUCUGCGGUGGCAGCGCCGACGCCCGAGACGCUUGCGCGCGCUCUGGGCGAGGCUUCGCCAGGCGGUACACACUCGGUCUUUCGGGUUCUCUAUGGUGUGCUCGCGCUCGAGCACGCGCUCGGCGGCGGCGUGGUGCCGGAUCCGCGGGCCGAGGUCGACGCGGCGGGCGUGACUCCGGCGGAUGCCGCCGCCGCUGUGACUGCCGCCGACGGCUUUGCGCUUCUCACUCGGCUCUUUACUGCCGACGAACUGCUUGACAAGGGAUCCGACGGUUUUGAGUACGGCAAGAAGGCGGCGUCGUCUCUCUCUGCGCUCAUCAACUCGCUCUUUGCCGGCGGCGACGUGGAGGUUUCGGCGCUCGACGGUUCGUUUGUGCAGGGUCUUGUCUCGCAGAUCCACGAGCUGGCCGGCGCGGCUGGCGAGCUCGCAAAGCCCACCGGGACAUCGUCGUCGACUGGCUCGUCGGCAGCGGUGGCGCCGGGCAUUCUCUCGAUUCGGUCUAUGAACGCGGCCGAGGCGCUGUCGGGCACGGUGCGCGGGACGCGGAUCGCCAACUGCCACUACGGUGCGACGCAGACGCUGUUUGAGUUUGAGGUGUCCGGUGCGUCAUCGUACCGUGUCGCUGUCUACUGCGUCGACUUCAACACCCACCGGCGGCACCAGACGAUGCUGGCGUUUGUGGGCGACACGCCCGAGCUCGCCGAGUGCGCGCCGGAGGGCUCGGUAGUCGCGCUUCGCGGGCUCGACUUUCACAACGGGUGCUGGGUGGUGUGGGACGUCCACGCCGAGACCGAGGGCGAGGAGCAGGCGAGCCAGUUUAACUUGCUCAUCGACAACGCCGAUGCGUCGUCGCCCAACUGGACGCUCUCGGCGUUCUUGCUUGACCCGCUGCCGGCCGACAACAUGCGCGAGACCUCACACUACCCAACGCUUGUCGAGAUCGACACGAGCUCGCAGGGCCGAUGGCACGGGCGGUACGGCUCGGCCGGCGGCGUGCUGCUGGGUCGGGUCGAUCUCGAGGUUGAGGCGCGUGUGCCGGGCCCGCGGCUGGUUGCGUUUGACAACGACUCUGCGCUCCGGUACGAGUGGGUGGAGGAGGCAACGUCCGACGAGCGGGCGCUGCAGCCGCCGCCGCCAUGCGGCGGCGACAUCGAGGUUGAGGCUGUUGAGGCCGAGGAUGAGGCGAGCCGGGCGCGCCGGCUUGUGGUUCUUUCGGUUAAUGCGCCUGCGGCUCCUGACGGCGAUGAGCCUGACGCUGCUGAGCCGGGUACCCCCGAGUCUGGCUCAUCCGAGGCCUCGCUUGGAGAUGUAGACGCCAGCAACUCGCUGUCAGACGAUGAUGGCAUUCCUGUCCAACAGGCGGUUGUUGUCUCGUUUGGCGACGAGAAGGGCAAGGAUGACGACGACGACUCGUUCCUUAUCCGGCGGCGGGCCGGGUCGGGCGCACGCCGCAAGAGCAAGAGCAAGACCAAAGUGGCCGGUUCAGGCGGGGCGUGCCAGGCACUGCUGGACAUGUUGUUCACGACGCUCGACGCAUCGCCGUCGCUUGUGGCUGCGCUAGAAGCAAGCACCGAGCUGGAGGCCUGGCUCGAAGUUGUGCUGGCCAAGUGCAGCGUGGCGGCGAUCCGCGAGAGCGCGGCUGCGCGGCUGCCGGGGCUUGCGGUGGUGCACCCGCCGCUGGGCGCGCGGAUGAUGGCGACGCUGCUGCAGGUGACGCAGCGUGGCGAGGCCGGGCGGGCGAGCGUGGCGUCGUUUGAACAGGCGUUUGAGGUGGUGCUUGCGCUCGCGCGCGACGGGGUGGCGUUUGAUACCAGCGCAGCGUUUGCCGCGUGGGCGCGCGACGUGAUGGCAUUAAGCGUGGUGGAGAGCGAUGACGACGAGGCCGUCGACAGCCUGCUCGUGGGCCUCCUCCGCGGGCUCUCGACGUGUCUGCGUGUGGAGCCGGCGCUAGCGAGCGGGGCGGCCGGCGACGCGCUGCUCGACUACGUGUUUGGCGACUGUCUGUUCUCGGUGCCUGCCGACAAGACGGCCAAGGCGGUGCCUGUGUGCAAGAGCUACACGGCGCGCGAGGCUGCGUUUGAGGUUCUCCUCCAGCUCUGCGCACAGGCCGAUGGCAAGAGCACUGUACUGAUGGAGUCGCUUGCGGACGUACUGGCGGGCGCGGGGCUGCCGGGGCCUGACGAGUGGUGCGUGGAUGUUGUGGGCGACGGCGGCGACGGCGACUCGGACUCGGAGUACGGCGGCGAGGUGGAGCGGUUCAAGGGCCUCAAGAACCAGGGCUGCACAUGCUACAUGAACGCGUCGCUCCAGCAGAUGUUCCUCAUCCCUGAGCUUCGCGAGUCUAUUCUGCGGGUGCCACUAGCGGCGAGCGAUGACGAGGAGUCGUUUGCAGGCAACAUCAUGUGCCAGCUCCAGCUGCUGUUUGCCAAAAUGCUCGAGUCGCGGUCGUACUACGUGGACACGAUCGACUUUUGCCGGACGGUCUUCCUCAACGGCGAGGUCAUCCAGCUCGGGCAGCAGGAGGACGCUAACGAGUUUAUCAACUCGCUGGUGGACCAGCUCGAGCCGCAUCUCAAGGGCACACCUGAGGAGGCGGUCUUUACCAAUGUGUUUGGCGGGAGCUUUGUCAACCAGAUUGUGUCGCAAGAGUGCGAGCACAUUUCGGAGCGGCCGGAGGAGUAUCUGACGAUUUCGGUCAAGGUGCAGAACAAGCGGAACCUGCAGGAGGGCCUCGAGUUCUUUGUGCAGGGCGACAUGCUUGAUGGACAGAACAAGUACCACUGUGAAAAGUGCGAUACCAAGGUGGCGGCGCUCAAGCGGUGCGUUAUCCAGCACCUGCCUAACACGCUUGCGUUGCACCUCAUCCGCUUUGAGUUUUCGUUUGAGACGUUUGAGAAUGUCAAGGUCGACGACCGGUUCGAGUUCCCAGAGACGCUCAACAUGAAGCCGUACACCAAGGAGGGACUCGCAGCAGCGGCGGUGGAGGCCAAGGCCAAGGCCAAGGCCGAGGCGCGGGCAGCUGGUCGCGGCGACGAGGACGAGGAGGACGAGGACGAGGAGGACGAGGACGAGGACGGCGGGGUUGGUGCGUCGGGCGCGAGUGGAACCGACGGCAUCGAGCGGCCGGACGACUACUACGAGUACCGGCUGCAGGGAAUCCUGGUUCACUCGGGCACGGCAGACAUGGGCCACUACUACUCGUACAUCCGCGACCGGGAGGGCGACGAGGGCUCGGCGCGGUGGUACGAGUUCAACGACCGGUCUGUGACGCCGUUUGACCCGAGCGAGAUUGCCGAGCAGACAUUUGGCGGGCCGUACGAGGGCAUGGCAUCAGACCACUCGAAGAUGUACUCGGCGUACAUGCUGUUCUACGAGCGGGUAGGACCCAAGUACGCACCGCGGACGUACGGCGGCGGGCUGCUGGAGCCGCCGACGGUGCUGGAGCAGGAUCCGGAGAUUUUGGACAAGAUGUGGCGCGACAGCGUGGCUGCGGCACAGCGGCGGCACUUUAUGAAUGCCACCUGUCUGCAGUUUAUGUGGUCGCUGGUGGCACAGGAGGCACCCAAGAUUCCUGUUUCGACGAGCACGGAGGUGCUUGACGAGAGCUCAUGGGCCGGCAAGCUGCUGACGUUUGGCACGCGGCUCUGCUUUGACCUUCUCGCGCACUGUGAAGACAAGCUUGGCAUUGUGGACAAGAUCCGCGAGCUCGGCGACAUGUACGUCAAGCACCUGCCGGGCUGCGUGUGGCUGCUGCGGCGACUGGCGGAUGCCGAAGCGAGCUGGCUCGGCGACGUGCUAGUGGUGUGUCCGGACCUGGACAUCCGCGAGGCGAUGGCGGAGCUUGUGGUGCGGGUGCUGGGCGCGGCCGUGGCGGGCGGGUGCGAGGCCGAGGCGGCACAGUACGCGGCGGCGGCGCUUGCAACGCUCAAGGCGUGCGCAACCGACCCGACGGUCAAAACGUCGCAGCUGGUCUCGACGGUGCUCGGGUACGCACAGGUGGGUGGAGUGCGGCAGCUGUGCGAGGCCGGGGCGCUGCGGGGCGCGAUCGAGUUGUACGAGUCGAACCGGACGCCGCUCUUCCACCGUGCGCUGCGGCCCAAGCACCUCUCGCUCAUCGAGCUCAUUUCUGUGCUCGGGCGCGCGUACCGCAACCCGAACGGGCCGUCUGCUGCCGACAGCCAGGGCAGCUACAUGGAGGGCCCGAUUGACGACGAGGUGCUCCACCUGCUGUUCUCGAAGCGGUUCCUCACGUCUGUCCUCGCGCAGCAAGCCUACCGCGAGGCUGCACAUGGGCUCAUCCAGCACUGGGUGCCCGGCAACCGGCGUGUGGCAGACGCGGUGAUGGAUGCGGCGCUCACUGGGCUCGACUCGUUCAUGGACAAGACGGUGCUGGGUAAUUACACGGCGGCGAUCGACGCGAUGCGCGAGAUCGACGACGGUGACGGCGCGUACCGUGAGGCUCGCUACGUCGAGGGCCUCAUCAAGAGCAUGAAGAAGGCGAUGCGGGUGCCGCGGACGCGCAACAACCUCCUGGCCCUGCUUCUCGAGGCUGGGGCCAGCGACGACGCGACUCGGCAGCACAUCGAGAGCCACGAGGUGAUGGCGCGGCUGAUGCAAACUGACCCUUCGCUGCGGUACUACGUGCAGACGCAGCUGGCAGCCAAGUUUACCGAAGUCUUCCCCGCCCUCGCGGUCUCGGCGGGUGUGCCGGGCGCCGCCAGCGCGGCGGCAGCUGCUGCCGGCGUCGCCUCGCCGCCGGUUGACGAUGCUCCAGUGCCGUCAGGCCACCAGCCGGGCGGGCCGGGAGCGCCGGUGCCGUCGGGCCACCAGCCGGGCGGGCCUGCGCCUGUCACCGGCGACGACGAGUAAACCGACUUGAUGGCUG